UUAUUUGACAUAGCAGGAACUCCAGUAGUAGUCAGGCGUGCAUGCUGCGCCAUAUUUGAAAAAGACACGUACAUGUUUGCGCCAAUUUAAGCUGGGCACUCGCCGAGAACAGGAUCAGAAUAGGUUGCGAAGUGCUGGCGGUCAAAAGGGCAAUCAUAAAAGCUUAGGCAGGCGUCAGCGGAAUCUCAACAAACAAAUCACAAUAAAUUCAAAUCGUGAGAACAUCAGUAGGUAAGUGGUGGACACGUACGCCGACGCUAAGAUAGUUGAAGAAGCGUCUGACGUGUCCAAACAACAUAGCGCUUAUCGUUCGCUUGCUCUUCGUAUAAAAAGCUGAUCGGGAUUCUCGGCCACAAGCAUAAGUCAUUCAACCAUCGAAAUGAGUGCCACCUUUCCCAGUUUUGCGGACAUCUCCUCCAAGUUCUCCGAGAGCACUCUCGAUGAGAUUAUCAAGAAUGCCGGCGGCACACGACACACCUCCUACAAGUUUGGACCAAGCGGCAAGAAGGGCGACGCCUACCUGAGCCGUGUCUUCCGGAUCACCAUUUACGGCGUGAAGGAGGGAGCCGCGGACCAGAAGACCGAACAGCUGGAAGUUAGUGUCAUCGUGAAGGCCAUGCCAGACAAUCUCCACCGGCGACGACUGUUCCGCUCUGUGAUUUUCUUCCGCAACGAGAUCCACUUUUACACAAAGGUUAUCCCAGCCAUCGAGGCGUUCCAAAAGUCGCGGAAGCCCGCUCCGCAGAAACCCUUUGUGGAGUUCCCAAAGUGCCUGGCAUAUGUUUGCGACGGGGUCAACGAUUUCAUCGCCCUGGAGGAUGUGGGUCCCAGAGGCUACAAGGCGCCAGCUCGCCAAGACUACAUUUCCCUGGAUGAUGCCCUGCUGACGAUGCGCACUCUGGGACGUUUCCAUGGCGUCGCCCUGGCCUUCAAUUCCCUGGAUCCGGAGAACUUUGAGAAGGCUGCUGCAUCUCUGGAGGAGACCUACUAUGGCGAGCACACCCGGGAGUGGUAUACGGGAUUCCUUCUGCUGGCCGAGAACGUGGCCAAGGAUGCCAUUAAGCAGAUCUACCCGAACAGCAAAUAUGAGACAGUGGCCGGCAACUUCCUCCAGCCAAACCUCUUCGACGACCUAGUGAGCCUCGUGUCGACUCGCUCCAAGCUUAGUGUUUUCGGUCACGGCGACUGCUGGACGCCCAAUUUCCUGACCAAGUACGGCGAGCAGGGAGAAUCGCAGGAGAUCAUCAUCAUCGACUUCCAGUUGGCGAGGUGCUCGUCCCUCGCUCUUGACCUGAGCUUCUUUGUUUACUCGUGCACUAGCCAGGAACUGCGAGAGCGUCACUAUGAUGAGCUAUUGCGUGCGUAUCUGGAGAGCGCUCAGGCGCUGAUCAGGGAUCUGGGCGGCGAUGCGGAGGCUGUCAUUUCAUGGGAAUCCCUGCAGGAGGAGCUAAAGAACUUUGGUCGCUUCGGCUGCGGCAUGGGCAUUGAGUCGCUCCCUAUGACUAUGAUAGAGGAUGAUGAAGUGGCCGACUUGGACGGCAUCCAGGAGAACGCGAUCCUUACCGACGUCUGGAACAUCACUCCUUUCAAGGAGCCAGCCAAGCAACAGCGCCUGGCCGAUAUCUUCAAGCACGCUAUCGAUCAGGGCUAUAUAAGGUGAUUCCUCUAGCCUCGCACCGCGAUCCAAUCGAAUUCAAAAGCCUAUAGUAUAAAAGUGCUCAUGAAAGCAAUUAAAAAGAUUAUUCAAUAAAGUUUUUACCUAUUUCUUGAAA